AUGCAAAGCUCUGUUGGCUAUCUGACCGCUGGGGAUUGCUGCUACUCAAUCACAGAAAGCGGACAGCUUGGGACGCACUAUCUUCAAGUGCGACCAGGGCUUCAUUCUGACGGAGGAUUUAAGUUUACUAAGUGCUCAAAUCAUUCGAACAUCAAUUCGGCGCAGAAGAUCAACGUGCGAAAAUUGGCCCGCAAACAAGUGGCAAUUUCGCCAGACGGAAAAAUGAUCUUCACCGGUGGCCAUUGGGACAAUUCUGUCCGAGGAUACAGCGUUUCAGAAAGAAAAACAACGUUCCACUCGCUCUGGCAUUCGGAUAUCAUCAGCUGUCUUGCUAUCGACAGAUACGGGCGCAGACUAAUAACUGGUUCUGUCGAUAGAUCUUGCUGUAUUUGGAUAAUUGGAGAGGAUAUAACUUCAAAACCAGCGAUUACUCUUUACGGGCACAAGUCUCCGGUAGUCGACGUGGCGAUCAGCAGCGAGUUGGACAUGUGCGUCACCGCCGGCGCCGACGGCAUUUGCAACGUCCACACUGUCCGCAAAGGCGUCUUCGUACGCACCCUUUCUUCAACCAACCAAGGGCUCUCUUCAAUCACGGCGCUCUCGCUUUCUUCAGAGGGCUACAUCGUCUUCUCCAGCCUCAACUUGAAGAAUAACAUGAGUUAUCUUCACUUGUACUCUGUCAAUGGGAAAAUAUUAGCCGUGGACUGCAUCGACAAUAAAAUCGAACUAAUGGAAACUGAAAAUGAUCGACUUGUCACUGCUGAUAAGGAAGGUCUUUUGGAAAUUCGUUGCCUCACAAGCCUCGAAGUGUUGAAAUCCUUUUCUCUUCAAGAGAAAGUCCAUGACGUUCAUUUGACAAAGAACGGCUCACACAUUCUCGUCGCCUCUGGCCAGGGAGAAGUCUGUGUCCUCGGCCCUGUGAGCCAAACCUUCAUGGCAUCGAAAGUCGAAGAGGAGUUUGAGCAGCCACCUCUUUGGGUACUCAUUGUCAUGUAUUACAACUAUACCUGCAUGUACAUCUUUGGCUACAUCGCCGAUUUCCUCCGAGCCUUCAAUAUCGGCAAGCCAAAGAAACUGGCACAAGAUCUCAAGCGAAAUGAAGGCUUCGCUCCUCUCCACGACGAGUUCGCCAGUUUCUUCACCCGCAACGUUUAUAUGCGAGUGCGAGAUCGCUUCAACAUGCCGAUUCAGUCCGUGCCCGGGGAUACUUUCGACCUUAUGGAGCGCAAAUCCGAUGAUCAAAAUUGGACGUAUUACUUUACGGGCAAAGCGAAGAAAGCGUUGAACUUUGGGAGUUACAAUUAUCUUGGCUUCGCUGAAAAUACGGGCAAGUGUGCUGAAAUGGCUGAGAAGACGACGGAGGAAAUGGGCUGUACGCUCUCAUCACCUCGGUCCGAGCUUGGAACGACCGAGAAGCAUGUUGAACUGGAAGCGCUUUGGUCAGCGUUUCUUGGUGUUGAGGCAACUCUCACUUUCGGGAUGGGUUUCGCAACUAAUUCGAUGAAUAUCCCGGCAAUCGCUGGCCCUGGUUGCUUGAUUCUCUCCGACGAGCUGAACCAUGCAAGCCUCGUGCUAGGUAUUCGUCUAUCAGGGGCAAAGACGAUCGUCUACAAGCACAACGACAUGGAAGACCUGGAAAACCACCUCAGAAACGCAAUCAUCAACGGUCAAGAUCGCACCUUUCGCCCGUAUAAGAAAAUCAUUCUCGUCGUGGAAGGAAUUUAUUCGAUGGAAGGAAGUGUCGUCAACCUUAAGAGAUUGAUUGAGUUGAAAAAGAAAUACAAAGCGUAUUUGUAUCUCGAUGAAGCUCAUUCCAUCGGCGCGCUCGGAGCUGGGGGCCGCGGAGUCGUACAACACUUUGACUGCGAUGUUAAUGAUGUGGAUAUAAUGAUGGGUACUUUCACCAAGUCCUUCGGAGCAGCAGGUGGCUACAUCUCUGGAAAGAAAGAAAUCAUCAACUACCUUCGAAAAACCUCCCACGCUCACAAAUACGCUUGUUCCAUGUCUCCAGGUGUCUGCGAGCAGGUCAUUCAAGCGAUCGAGCAAGUUUCAAGCGGACGAGGAAAGCGGCGUCUAAUUCAGCUGCGAGAUAAUUCCCUCUAUUUCCGCCGAAAACUCAAGGAUCUUGGCGUCAUCGUCUUUGGAAACGACUUCUCUCCCGUGGUGCCUAUGUUACUAUCGAGCAACUAUGCGGAGUUAUUAUUGAUCGAAAUCGAAGAAGCAGCAGAAGAAGCGAAGCUUGAUUUCCCAAUGACGAAAUUAGAAUGGAAAGGAUGUCCUCGCUCGAACAAAAUAGAGGACAUCGAAGUUCUCUUGAUAGGGGACUCGAUGAUCAAAAGCAUCAACUGCGAGCAGUUCCGGAAUACGACCUGGCUUUACGCAUAUCCUGGAAUCACGGCGGAACAACUUCGCUUCCACCUUCAAAAUGAAGUUGGACUACCGCCGCCUUCAAAGAUUGGAGUGGUCUACAUUCACGUUGGAACAAACAACGUGAGCACGCUCCGCGAACAAAAAGCCGGUCCAGCCAUCAUUCACGAGCAAAAGGGCGUCAUUUCUAUCGUCCAGCAAAUCUACAAAAGCGCCGUUGUCCUCUGCGGAGCCAUCCUUCCACGCUACGAUCAGGAGAAUCCUCGAGCGAUAGAAGUCAACAAGGCGAUUGAGAAGUACUGCCUCGACGCCAAAAACCCGCAACUCCAGUAUGUUGAUCUCUGGGAUCGAUUCUACAACCAGUCAGACUUGUACAGAUACGCCCAGACGAUGAACAGACGCAAUUUGGAUCCAGAUCCUGUGCAUUUGAGCGACAAGGGCGUUCAGUAUCUCCAACAGGAGAUCAGAAAAGACAUCGAAAAAGCCGUCAAACUCAAACUCACUUUGAAAACGAAUGUUGGAGAAGUGAUGACGACAGAGGAGUGGCGCCGUUUCAGAACAAUGACCUGCAACGACAGAAUGACACCGAGGUUUAAAGUCACCAACUACAGAGAAGGAGCCAACACAAAGGAUCAAGUUGUUCCCUACAGAGGCCCUCAGUUGUCAUACUCAACGCCCAUCGCCGCCGUCAACCCUCUUCCAGCUGUUCAAGAGCCCAAGACUACUGAUGCCCAAUCUCCCUCCGCAGAUGUCGAUUAUAGAAAACUUAGCACUAAAAUACUGCCAGAAAAACCAAAACAAUCAUCGCCCAAUUUAUCUGCUCCUGUCGCGAAAACGUCACCAACUGCCCCCCGCGCCAAGCAAUCCGUUAAUAAUAAUUAUCGCCAACAACACAUAGAGAAAAGAAGGAGAUCUUCAAAAUCACCGACUCGAAGGAAACGUCUUGGAAGCCCAGAUCCGUCUCCAGAAAAGAGGAAAAGACGGAGGUCCACUUCGAGGAGUCGCCGCUCACGAAGUCGGUCUUCAAAGCGUCGUCAGAAAGACACGCCUCCAAGAAGGAGUCGUCGAUCCCUGGAAGUUCGCAAGACCAGACGUAGGAAGAGAUCUAGUUCAUCCUCCGAUCGCUCACCAGAACGAAGAAGCUCCUCUUCAAAACCUUCAAGAAAGAGAAGAUCAAAUGAGCUCAGCCGGAAAUCGCGGUCUCGUUCUCCUAUAGCCCGCCGAUCAUCAAAUUCUAGACGAAGGUCUUCUUCACGACAAAGAAGAAAGCCUCGCUCUCCAUCUCCAAAAGUUCCAACAGACUCGUCUAAUGUCGAAUCAUCGUCCUCGUCUGAGAGCGAACAGAGCGAGCAGGAGAAGACGGCUAUUCUCUUCACUCAAGCGCUGCUCAAGGAGAGACUGAAGCGAAAACGCGCUGUGCAAAAAAAAACGCCUCCUCGCCAAAAGUCGAAGCCGGUCUUAGACUCUUCCUGUGACAGCGACGAAGAAGUGUAUCUAACGCCAACGAAGAAGCAAGUCCAGAGAAAAGGUGUGACGAAGGCCUCGCUCGAGGAACGCCUGCGCGAAAAGAAAGUUCACAGAACAGUGAAAAUCACGAUGAAAGCUGUCUCUCUCGCCGCUCAUGCGUCAGAUGAUGAUGAGAUUCUCACUGAUACCGAGUUUGAUUAA